GGUCGUUUUUGUUUUUUUCUUAUGGAAACUACAUUGAACUGCAAAUCGAAAAAAAAUCUAUAUCAUUUUCGGGUUGUCGCUACAAGUGGUAGAUGGCGUGGAAAGCUAUUUCCCGAGUCACAAUAGAUAAACAAAAAAACAGCUAUUCCUAACCAAAUUUAUUCAAGCUGUUUGUGUACUAAAAAAAACAUCAUUAUUCUAGUACAUUUUUUAGUGUCUACCCAAACAAACGUCAAAAUUCUGACAACCAAAAAAAAAAAUUAUGUAUUUGAUUUGUUGUUCUCAGAUACACACAAAUUAAAAAUAUAAUGGCGUCUGAAAAAGAGAAAACUGAAAAAACUAAAGUUAAUAAUCAAGUAAAACAUGUACCAAAAGAUGCCCAAGUUGUUAUGUCCAUUCUAAAAGAAUUAAAUGUAACCGACUACGAGCCACGAGUAAUUAAUCAGUUGUUGGAAUUCACCUAUCGCUAUGUAACUUGCAUUUUAGAUGAUGCAAAAGUUUUUGCUAACCACGCUCGCAAAAAAACCAUUGACUUGGAUGAUGUGAAACUAGCAUCCGAGGUUGUUCUCGACAAAGCAUUCACCUGCCCACCACCACGACAUGUACUUGCCAAGUUGGCGGAAGUUCGUAAUUCAAUGCCAUUACCUCCCAUCAAGCCACACUGCGGCCUGCGCUUACCUCCCGAUCGUUAUUGCCUCUCAGCUUGCAAUUACAAGCUUAGAGCUGCCAGUCAGCCCCGCAAAAUGACAAAAUCCGCCUUAGAGUCACGGUCAACCAUCAAAACUCAAAUUAAAUCAAGUGCUGGGGGAGGUGGCAAACGACAAUCUGCCUUGACACCGAAAUCCCAAGUGGUCACUAUUCCCAAGCCAGUAUUCAAAUUCACAACCACCGCCAAAACAAUCGCCCUGGAAAAACCUCAACCCGGGACAACAGACUCACAAUCAAAUGCCGAUGUGAAGAUGGAAGUCGAUAAUGAAGCAACCAACGCAACUGCAAUCGGUAGCAUUGGUGGAGCUGUUAAGCGAGAGCGGGAGGAGGAUGAUUUUGAGGUUGUGACAUAAUUAAAAGAAAUAAAUAGUUUUUUUUAUAUGUAAUAAAUUGGA